UUGCAAAUUGGACCAAGGCAUCAUUGGGUUCAAUACCUACGACACAGUAACAUCUUCAGUCCAGUUCGCCUAGUUCGCUUUGUGCUAAAGAACUAAACUUACAGCAUGAAACUUUUUGUCGCCGCACUCACCCUCUGCCUGGUGGCCUUUGCCGCUGCUCAAUCCGCCGAUCCCGCUGUGCAGGAUCCCUCGGUGGAGUAUCUGCCACCCGUUGGCGAUGCUGAGGCCGCUGCCCUGUCGGAGGAUGGCUAUCGGUAUAAGACGGUGCGUCGCCUGAAGCUGCGCCAUCGCCGCGAGGUACCCAGCCAGGAGUAUCUGCCACCCACUCAGGAGUAUCUGCCACCUUUGGAGGGCGAGGCUGUCGACACUAAGGUCGCCGAUGAUGGCUACCGCUACAAGACCGUGCGCAAGCUCAAGUUCCGUGCCCGCCAUCGUCGCGAUGUCUCCGAGAUCGCCGAACCCUCCAGCGAAUAUCUGCCCCCUGUUGAUGUGGAGCUGGCCCCCGAGCUGAAGACCGUCCUGGGCGCUGAUGGCUACCGCUACAAGACCGUGCGCAAGCUCAAGUUCCGUCGCCAUCGUCGUGAGGCUGAGGCCGAGGAAGCUGCCGCCGUUGAGGCCAACAACGAGUACCUGCCCCCCGCUGAGACACCAGCUGCCGAUGCUGCUGAGGUCAAGGCUGCCGAUGUGCCCGCCGAGGGUACCGAGGUUGGCCAGGAUGGCUACCGCUACAAGACCGUCCGUCGCAUCCGUUACCGUUAUCGCCAUUAAGCUGCCGCUGCUCAAUUCCCGAACUUAGGCAUAUUGAACCAAAUUGAUCCUGAUAGUACACAGAGUGUGCCAGCCAAGCAAUGUAGAAGUUUCCCUCACAGUUAGUUUCCAAUUGCUUGGCCAACAUUCGCUACGAACUUUUGCCUUUUAUUAAUUAAUUGCCUUUUAGAAUUUUUUGUCCCUUUAAAUCCCUCAAAAGCAUAUCGAAUAA